CGGCAGCUCCUCCACCUGGAACCCAGGACGUCAAGACCGAAACAAAAGAAGUUGCAGAGCAGGUGCAGGAGGAAGAGGACAGUGAUGUGGAUGACCCCACGGAUGGUGACCUAACAGCUGUCGCUCCUAAGAGGAAUGAAGCGUGUAAAUUGGUUCUCGUGGUCAGGACCGACUUGAAGAUGACAACAGGGAAGAUGUGUGCACAGUACGGCCAUGCUACAUUGGCAUGCUACAAGGCACUCGAGAAGAAAAAUCCAAAGCUCCUGCAUCAAUGGGAGAGAUGGGGGCAGGCGAAGAUUGCGCUCCGGGUAUCUUCGCAGGAGGAGCUGCUGGAGCUGGCGGCGAUCGCAAAGAGCUUGAACUUGUGCGCUCGAAUAGUAGAGGACGCCGGAAGAACGCAGGUGCUGCAAGGCGCUCGCACUGUGCUCGGGAUAGGACCUGGCCCAAUCUCGGUGAUCGACGAAGUGACGAGACACUUGAAGCUGCUGUAGAGUACACGUAGAUAAUAGACACUAGUAUUCAGUGCUUCGGGCUC